AUGGAGAUCUGCACUUACUUCAAAUCCCAGCCCACAUGGCUCCUCUUCCUCUUCGCACUCGGCUCAAUCUCCAUCUUCAAAUUCAUCUUCUCCCUCCUCAGAUCUCUCUACAUCUACUUCCUCAGACCCGCCAAAAACCUCCGCCGUUACGGAUCCUGGGCAAUCGUCACCGGACCCACCGACGGAAUCGGCAAAGCCUUCGCCUUUCAGCUGGCCCAGAAAGGUCUCAACCUCGUCCUCGUCGCUCGCAACCCGGAGAAGCUCAGCGCCGUCUGCGAUUCGAUCAGAUCCAAGUACAGCAGCGUCGAGAUCAAGACCGUGGUGAUGGAUUUCGCCGGAGAUAUCGAUGAAGGCGUGAAGCGGAUCAAGGAGACGAUCGAAGGUUUGGAGAUUGGGCUUCUGUUUAACAACGCCGGGAUGUCGUACCCUUACGCGAAGUACUUCCACGAGGUUGAUGAAGAGUUGCUCAAUAGUCUGAUCAAGAUCAAUGUCGAAGGAACAACGAAAGUUACUCAGGCCGUGCUUCCGAUUAUGCUGAAGAGGAAGAAGGGAGCGAUUGUCAAUAUGGGUUCUGGUGCUGCUGCUCUUAUCCCUUCGUAUCCUUUCUACUCUGUUUAUGCCGGAGCCAAAACGUAUGUUGAUCAAUUGUCAAGGUGUCUCCAUGUUGAGUACAAGAAGAGUGGGAUUGAUGUUCAAUGCCAGGUUCCUUUGUAUGUGGCGACAAAGAUGACAUCAAUAAGAAGAGCAUCUUUCUUAGUGGCAUCACCGGAAGGUUACGCAAAGGCAGCACUGGGUUUUGUAGGAUACGAGCCACGGUGCACACCGUACUGGCCUCACGCACUCAUGGGUUAUGUUGUCUCUGCAUUGCCCGAGAGCGUUUUCGAAACGUUUAACAUUAAGAGGUGCCUUCAGAUCCGGAAGAAAGGGCUGCUUAAAGACUCCAGGAAAAAAGAUUGA